AAAGUAUAUUUCGUUCUUAAAGUUCAAAGGUCAUCUUUUUAAGUCUGCAAGAAAUAUGGCCAACUCUUCUUACAGUUUUUUAGGUUCUUCAGGUACUAGAGUAUCCAAAAUAUGCUUGGGAACAGCUAGUUUUGGAAAACAUUUUGUAAGAAUUUCACGUUAGAAUAGCAUUUAAAAAGAAUAAAAUGGACUAAAAUAAAGCUGAUAGUGUUUUUUGUCAACAGCAAAACAGGCCUGGAUUUUCUGUUGAGGAAUCGCAUGCAGUUCUGAACGAGUAUGUAAAUGCUGGAGGCAAUUUUAUUGACACUGCUGACUGGUACGGUGCAGGAGAUUCGGAAAAGAUUAUUGGCCAAUGGUUGUCGAAGAAUCAAUCACUUCGUAAUGAUUUGGUAAUAGCCAGCAAAGUCUACUUACCAAUGAGUAAAGGAGUAAACGACGUAGGCUUAAGCAGAAAGCAUAUUAUGCAUAGUAUUGAAUGUUCACUUAAACGUUUGGAAACGGACUUUGUCGAUCUGUAUCAGUUGCACAUGUGGGACAGUGCCACCUCAGUCGAACAGGUUCUGAGAACGAUGAACGACUUGAUAAGGCGGGGGUUAAUUAGACAGAUUGGAGUUAGUAACGCUACCGGAUGGCAGCUACAAAAAAUUUGCGAUUACUCACGUUUUAUGGGUCUCGAAGGCGCAAUAUCAAUCCAGAAUCAAUAUAAUCUAUUAACUAGAGCCGGCGAAUAUGAAAUUACCGAUGUAUGUGAAAAUGAAAAUGUAUCGAUAUUAGCCUUUGCACCUCUGAAAGGAGGAUGGCUAAAUUGUAGAAUUAAGAGAAACCAACUUCCUCCCACCGAUAGUAGAGUUGCUUGGGUAGAACAAGAUCCCUCAAACAGGGCAGCCAUUUCUAAUGUUUCGCAUUCUACUUUGGCCGAUAAGGAUGUAACGUGGCGUGUUCUCGAUACUGUACAGGAUAUUGCAAACGCCAAAGAUAAACCACCCGCUCAGGUAGCCAUGAAAUGGGUACUCCAACGCCCUAAAGUGGCCUCCAUAAUCGUUGGUCCAAGAAAACUAGAACAUCUAAGAGAUGCAAUGGAGGUCUCUAGUGGAUGGAAUUUAACGGAUGAAGAGAUGAAAAGAUUGAACCAAGCUUCUGAAGGUGAAAUUCCCUAUCCCUAUGAUAUAUCAAGAUCUAUGAAUAAUCAACGAAUGGGUUUAAAAGAAUCAACAUACUAAAAAAGAAAAUUGGGAUUAGAAUUAACAAUCAAUUAAUAAUUAAUUAAUUAAUUCUAAAGUUUUUUAAAUAAACAUUAUUAAAAGUU